CUGGGUACCGUCAUUCCUACAAUUGCAAGAACCAGAAAAUCGAAUAACUGACACUGUCGAAUCACCGAAAUGACAAGCGUGGUGGCGAUAGCCGGGGGUACCAGUGGAUGGGGGAGGACGCUCAUCGAGCAGCUGCGAGAAGAGACGGACAAAUUUCAAAUUAUUGUUUUAACGCGAGGAGAGCCUCGAGAGGAGGAACAUGUAAAGUACGUGCAGGUCGACUACGAUGAUAUUCCUGCGCUGGCAGCAAAACUCGAUCACUACCUUGUUCAAGUCGUUAUCAGUGUCAUUGGGAUAUACGAAGAAUCUUCAAGCGAAGCUCAAUUCAACCUAAUCGAAGCUGCGGACAUGUCACGUGCCGUCCAAAAGUUCAUUCCGAGCGAAUAUUCAUAUAACACAGACGCAAAGUACUUGGAGAUUGACCCUGGUGUCAAAUGGUGGCUCAAAGCCGCACAACGCCUCAAAAAUAGCGGACUGCAAUAUACGCGGAUUUUCUUUGGAGCUUUUAUGGACUUCUUAGGCCUACCCAACGUUCGCACAAAUAUUAAGUCGCUUCACGUCAGCUUGAUCGAUACGGUUAAAGGCCGGGCACUGGUUCCGGGAGAUGGGAGUGCCAUAUGGAGUUUGACGUACAGUUAUGACGCCGCCACUUUCAUUGUCAAGCUGCUAGACUUGGAUGAAUGGCCCGAAUAUAGCUGUUGCGUCGGAGACGACAUCGAUUUCAUUACAACGAUGAAGGAAGUAGAGAACGCCUACAACAGAAACCUACAAGUCACACAUAUCGAUGCUGACGAUAUCAACACAGGAAAAACUACCAAGGUCGAGGCUGCACUCUUAGAUUGCAAUUAUUCCGACUUCAGUAAAGAAGAUCUUAUCGGAUUUGUGAUGUUCGGCGGUCAACUUCUCCUUUCAGGCUCUCUUCAUGUUCCCCGUGAAUACCGACUAGAUGAGAAACAGCUAGGCUUCAAGCCCAUGUCAUUACGUGAAUUUUUAUCAAAAACCCAAGGCGGUGGGUGAAUGCGUAAUGUUGAAAGCCCUUUGAGUGAAAAAGGUUUACAAGUUCUACAAACAGUCGAAAUCUAAAAAGGGGUGCGCUAGCCGGGACCAACGUUUUUUUACAAAAGUCUAGGUAAUGCCAUCUCAUAAUUUAGCGUCUUGAAAUCAAGGCAAACAACUCGUAGAUAGCCGCACCGUUUCUACCACAUUUCCAAACGUUCCUUUAUAGCAUCAUAGCAUAGAAAGAGCAGCAAGUGUGAAGGGGAAACAGGUACCAGCAUUGGCAUUAAUACACAGAGAACUUGAAAGAUUUCUUUUCAUCUGUUUUAGACUCUAGAUAAUUCUUUACGAUUUUCCUGGGUC